CCUCCCCCCGGCGGGCUCGCGGUGGUGCCGCCCGCUACCCUUCCGCCCGCUGCCCCUCCUCCCCGCCUCCCGCAAGAUGGCGGCCAGCGCGGCGCGGGCUGGGGGUGGUUGAGGGCGGCAGAUUAGUUCCUUUGGAGAGUAAACACUUGGAGAGGAAAAUGACAUCGAUUAUUAAGUUGACUACGCUCUCGGGGGUGCAGGAGGAAUCUGCCCUUUGCUAUCUCUUGCAAGUAGAUGAGUUUCGUUUUCUUUUGGACUGUGGCUGGGAUGAAAACUUUUCUAUGGAUAUUAUUGAUUCUCUGAGGAAGCAUGUACACCAGGUUGAUGCUGUACUUCUGUCCCACCCUGACCCUCUACACCUUGGUGCACUUCCGUAUGCAGUUGGAAAAAUGGGGUUGAAUUGUGCCAUUUAUGCAACUAUUCCUGUAUAUAAAAUGGGACAGAUGUUUAUGUAUGAUCUCUACCAGUCCCGCCAUAAUACUGAAGAUUUCACACUCUUUACGUUGGAUGAUGUAGAUGCAGCCUUUGAUAAGAUACAACAGCUGAAGUUUUCUCAGAUUGUGAAUUUAAAAGGCAAAGGACAUGGCUUGUCAAUCACACCAUUGCCAGCUGGUCACAUGAUAGGAGGCACAAUUUGGAAGAUUGUCAAGGAUGGAGAGGAAGAAAUUGUUUAUGCCGUUGAUUUCAACCACAAGAGGGAGAUCCAUCUGAAUGGAUGUUCCUUGGAAAUGUUGAGCAGGCCUUCAUUGCUUAUUACAGAUUCAUUUAAUGCUACUUAUGUACAACCCAGGAGGAAGCAAAGAGAUGAACAGCUGCUGACUAAUGUUUUGGAGACAUUACGAGGUGAUGGAAAUGUAUUAAUAGCCGUGGAUACAGCAGGCAGAGUUCUGGAACUUGCUCAGCUUCUUGAUCAAAUCUGGAGAACAAAAGAUGCAGGAUUAGGAGUCUACUCUCUUGCACUUUUGAAUAAUGUCAGCUACAAUGUAGUGGAGUUCUCUAAAUCACAGGUUGAAUGGAUGAGUGACAAGUUGAUGAGGUGCUUUGAAGACAAGAGGAACAACCCUUUUCAGUUCCGCCACCUCUCCUUAUGUCACAGUCUGUCUGAUCUGGCUCGAGUGCCUAGUCCAAAAGUUGUUCUUGCCAGUCAGCCUGACUUGGAGUGUGGGUUUUCUAGAGAUCUUUUCAUUCAGUGGUGCCAGGAUUCCAAAAACUCCAUAAUUUUAACUUACCGCACUACACCUGGAACAUUAGCACGAUUCCUGAUUGAUAAUCCUUCCGAAAAAGUAAUAGAUAUUGAGUUGAGAAAACGUGUCAAGUUGGAAGGAAAAGAACUUGAAGAAUAUCUAGAAAAGGAGAAACUAAAGAAAGAGGCAGCUAAGAAGUUAGAGCAGUCUAAAGAGGCAGAUAUUGAUUCCAGUGAUGAGAGUGAUGCUGAAGAGGAUAUUGAUCAGCCAACUUUACAUAAGACCAAGCACGAUUUGAUGAUGAAAGGUGAAGGCAGCCGGAAAGGAAGCUUCUUCAAACAGGCAAAAAAAUCUUAUCCAAUGUUUCCAGCUCCUGAAGAAAGAAUUAAAUGGGAUGAAUAUGGUGAAAUUAUCAAACCUGAGGAUUUUCUAGUUCCAGAACUUCAAGCAACAGAAGAAGAAAAAAGCAAAUUAGAGUCUGGUUUGACAAAUGGAGAGGAGCCUAUGGACCAGGAUUUAUCAGAUGUUCCUACCAAAUGUAUUUCUGCAACAGAAUCCAUGGAAAUUAAAGCCAGAGUUACUUACAUUGACUAUGAAGGACGUUCAGAUGGGGACUCAAUUAAAAAAAUUAUUAACCAAAUGAAACCAAGACAACUGGUCAUCGUCCAUGGACCACCUGAGGCGAGUCAGGACCUUGCAGAAUGUUGCAGAGCUUUUGGUGGAAAAGAUAUUAAAGUUUACAUGCCUAAACUUCAUGAAACUGUAGAUGCUACAAGUGAAACUCACAUUUAUCAGGUCAGAUUGAAAGAUUCUCUUGUCAGCUCUCUUCAGUUCUGUAAAGCCAAGGAUGCCGAGUUGGCUUGGAUAGAUGGUGUUCUGGACAUGAGGGUUUCAAAAGUGGAUACUGGAGUUAUUUUGGAAGAGGGGGAGUUGAGAGAAGAUGAAGACUUAGAGAUGCAAGUGGAUGUGCCUUCUUCAGACUCGAGUGUGAUUGCACAACAGAAGGCCAUGAAAAGCCUCUUUGGUGAUGAUGACAAGGAGAUGUGUGAGGAGAGUGAGAUCAUUCCUACUUUGGAACCUCUGCCGCCUCAUGAGGUUCUUGGACAUCAGUCUGUGUUUAUGAAUGAGCCAAGACUGUCUGACUUCAAGCAGGUUCUCUUGCGGGAAGGUAUACAAGCUGAAUUUGUUGGAGGAGUGCUUGUGUGCAACAACCUGGUGGCUGUCCGCAGGACUGAAACAGGGCGUAUUGGAUUGGAAGGCUGCCUCUGUCAGGACUUCUAUAGGAUAAGAGACCUUUUAUAUGAGCAAUAUGCUAUUGUCUAAGAAAAGUGCUGCAAAGGUGUUUUCUCUUGGACUUUCACAGACAAUGGAGGUUUCUCCCACUUCUGACUUUUUGUAGUUUUCUAAUUUAUACAGGGAAACUUAAUUCAUAAAGAACAGUUAGCUGCCAUGAACGUGUAAGUAACUGCUACUGUUGUUCAUAAAUCUGUUGGUACAUUCCAUGUAGUUGACUCUUAAACUGUUACAACUUGGCAUCUCCCACAUAACACAUUAUAAAUGAGUUUAUGACUAUGAACGCUUCUCAGGAAAGGUUCAAUUUGUCAGGGCAUGUUUUGCUUUCACAGAUUUCCCAUCAAAGAGUAUGAAACAUGCAAACGUCAUUCUUUUAUUCUAAAAUAAGGUUGGAUUUAGAACUUCAGUUUCUUUGGUUUCGUUUGUUUUGGUUUCUGUGUGGUUGUUUUUGGUUUCAGUUGCUUGGGGUUUUUUUUAGUAAGUUUGAUUUGGGGAACAGUCUCAAAUAUUUUUCGUCUUCUGUUUUUACAACUGAGUUUAGCUGAAGUACAUUAUUAACAGCCCACUUAAAGCUAGACUGCCUAAAGUUUCCCCAGCGCUAAUCUGGCUGCAUAGUAACGCUGUAUCUAUUCCAUCUUACUGAUUUGUUCUGAAACAGCGUUUCAUAUUGUAAUCUGUAGGAUAAAAAAAUUUCUUAGGCAAUUACUCUUAAGAAGAUUGGAUGAUAUUUUCAGGGAGUUUAAAAUGCAGUAAUUAUGCAUCAGAGUAACUUCUUCACAAGCAUACAGAAUUUGUAACUCUUAGCUCUUGCAAAAUUAUGCCAAUUGUAAAACCUUUUCUGAGUUCUCAUUUUAAUACUUUGCAAAGUCUAAAGCCUUUAUCCAUGCACUGCUGUUUGUUCAGAGUGCCAUGAGCCAAGUUCAGGAAGAUCUUUUCUCUUGAAAUCUGAGUUCAUGUGAUAUAUUUAAUGAUUUUGUGCCGUGUUCUGUUCUAGCUGACGGUGACACUUACCGAUGCUAGGAUUUUACCUUACUUUUUAGGUAAGGGUAAACACAGUUUUGAAUUAAUUAAUUUCUCAGAAAUUAACUUAUGAAAACAAAUGGCCUCUUGAGUUUAUUUAAUACUUUUCUUCCCUGUCCAUGUGUGAAAUACCAGCUUUGGCAGUGGAGGGUUGGUUUUUUUUUUUACAUGAAACAGCAAUGUAAUAUAUGCUCUUUGUGUGUAUGCAUAAAUAAAACCUUUUGAAAAAGUGGCAAAAACUAGCCCUGUGGGCUAUCAAUGGAAAGAUAAUUUACUUUGCAAUUCAUUCUCAACAAAAGUUCUCUAUCUGAUCUACAGACUAUUCUGUUUAAAAUAGUAGCUUAAAAUUCAAGACUGUAUUAAACAUUUGAUAGAACUAUAUACUAGAAAUGUAAAAAACCUGAAAAUAUAAUACUGAGUGAGAACGUAUUUUCUUACACAAAAUCUAGGGAUAAUUAGAUAGCUCAGUGUUCUGGGUUUUUUUCUUAACAGUCUAGAAAAUUGUGUAUUUCCCUUAUAUUGACAACUAGAACUUCAUAGAAAUGCUCUGGUUUUGUAGCAAUGCUAUGUAAAUCUAUAUGAUACUGAAGACUUGUUGCUGAAUACUAUUGUAUUACUACUGUUGCUGAUACUAGUGAACUUUUAUAAAGUGUGGUACUUUGUGCAUAAUCAUAUUGGCCUUAGGAGUUGAACCUUGAGGGCUUAGGGUGGGAUGGGAUCACAUGCGCCUGCAUGAAAUAUACUAAUAAAGAAGAAACCCCUUAGGAAGUCAAAAUAGUGCUGUUUUUAAAAAAAGGAUAAAGACAAUACAGUGUGAUCAUAAAGCUUUCUAUCAGUUUUGUUUGUUUUUCUAACCUACUGAUAAAAAUUCAGCUAAGAUCACAAAAUUUUAGUGUUAUCAGUUACUAAAUUCUAGUCUGUGCUGACAGCAAAUUCCAAAUCAGUGCCAUCCCUGAGGAAAAGGCUCAAGUAUAAGCAAAACAGCUGACUUAAUAUUUUAGUCUAUUCAGCAUGAGUGUGGCUGAAUUGUGAAAUCUGACCUAGAAAGCUGACAUGCAAGGUGAAAGUAGUCAGCUGAGUGCUGGGACUGGAGUUCUGGAUGUCUGUAGAAAACGUAAAACAGGCUGCACUUGUGCUGCGGUGCAGGUGUGCUCCUCAGCUGGGCAUUCAGUGCUUGUGUCAUCUUCCAAGAACGGGGAAGAGGUCCCUUCCCAGCAGUGGUCGGGUAUCGUUGGGCUCCUUUUGUUGCAGGGCUGAGCAUUCGCAUGGGCAUCACUCACUUCCCUUGUAGACUUUUGUUAUUAAUGUUGUCGCUGUUACUGUUCAUUUUCUUAUUUUAUUGCUGUUUCUGGUAAAUUGUUCUUGUCUCAACCCACGAUCUUCAAAUUUUAUUACUCCAAUUCUUCUCUUCAGCCUCAAGAGGGGAGGGAGAGGGGAAGGGAGGAGUGAACGAGUGGCACAUGGUUUGGAGUGUUUUGGUGGGAACACUAAAUGGGAGAAUACCAUUCCUAAACUGUGAAAACUACUAAAAUUUUUUGAGUCUUUGUCAAAAGUAGUCUUACUGUAAGGGUCCAAAGGUUGCUGGUAUUCUGUUUCAUGGCUUUUGGAGAUGUUUUCAUAGUUUUGAAAAGGAAGCACCGAGGAAGAUGAUCUCACAGUCAAAUCUGAUAAAGAAAUGUAUCUAGUAAAUAGAAUAGUAGUUCUUGGUCUGAAAACUGUAAGUAACUAAUGAGAUAAUGAAACUAGAUCAAAAGAAUCUAUAAAAUUGCCUGUUGACAUUUAUUUUUAAAAAUACUUUUAAGAGUAUGAAGUCUUACCUUCACUUGAGUCUCUUUUUGGUUGGUAAGAGAUACAGUACAAAGACCAAAAUUUCUUAGAAUCAUAUAAUGGUUUGGUUUGGAAGGGGCCCUAAAGAUCAUCUGGUUUCAGUGCUCUGCCAUGGGCAGGGACACCUUUCACUAAACCAGGUUGCUCAAAGCCCCAUCCAAACCUGGCCUUGAGCACUUCCAGAGACGAGCCAUCCAAACCUGGCCUUGAGCACUUCCAGAGACGAGCCAUCUGCAGCUUCCCUGGGCAACCUGUGCCGGUAUGUCACUCCUACUCGUAGUGAAGAAUUUCUUCCUAGUACCUAAUCUAAACCUACUCUCUUUCAGUUUAAAGCCAUUUUCCCUUGUCCUAUCACUACACGCCCUUGUAAAAGGUCUCUCUCCAGCUCUCCUGUAGGACCCCUUUAAGUACUGGAAGGUGCUCUAGGGUUUCCCCAGAGCUUUCUCUUUUCCAGGCUAGACCACCCCAGCUCUCUCAGCCUACUUUCAUGGGAGAGGUGCUCCAGCCCCUUGAUCAUCUUUGUGGCCAUCCUCUGCAGUUUGUCCAACAGGUCCAUGUCCUUCCUGUGCUGAGGGCCUCAAAUGUGGGUGCAGUGUUUGAGGUGCAGUCUCACCAGAGUGGAGUGGAGGGCAGAUCCCCUCCCUCACUCUGCUGCCCAUGCUGCUUUGUAAGCAGUCCAGGAUAGAACUGGUUCUCUGGGCUGCAAAAGCACAUUCCCGUAUCAUACCCAUCCUGCACCACCAGCAUUUAUUUUGGGAGUCUUGUUGCGUGUCUUGUUUCCUGCAAGUACAGGACAGCAGAGUUGAAAUGAACAGUAAUCAUUUUUUUUAAGAGUGCUUUUUUUAUUUCCAAUGAAGUUGAAAUCUUCUGUUAUAACAGCACAAGCUUUUGUAGAAACUCAUUUCCAUGAGGAGUAGUGGAACGGCAAAUAUUUCAUUGAAUGCUUUGGAUGAUCUAAAAUGGCAUGAUAAGCAGUAUAGGUUGUGAACCGUUAAUGUACAUCACGCUGCUUGACUGGUAUUAACCAAGGGAUGAAGCAGUUUUUUUCAGAUCAACAACAUUAAUUACAUUAAUAAAAUUCUUAAUUCUGUAUUGUAAAGGGUGUGUUAGUGUUUUCUGGCAGAGGAACUCUGAGGAGUGGUUGCAGUGAAAUGGUAAGUGAACUGAUCCUUCCUUUCAGCUCUAACACUUCCUCACAGUGCUAGAAGAGGAAUAUAGUUACAAAUAUUUGGGAGAACAAGAUUGUUUCAUACAGUGAACUUCAAGUUUUACUGUCUUUGAUAGGUUAUGUAUUACCACUGUGAUAAGAAAUUAAAAAUCCAAAAAACAGCCCCACUCCUGCAUUAUUUAAUAGAACUUCCAGUGAGCCAUGUAACUUUUCCUGGAAGAGAAGGUUUCAUACAGACUUGUAAGGUCAGAAGAAAUAAGUUUGCUUUAUGAGCUUUAAGCAGUAAAAACCUGCCUGUUGUAUCAUCCUCUUAGGUGAUGCAAGCUAGAUCUAUGAUUCAACAGCUGAAUGAUAAUGAGCUAAGCAUCUGCCAAAAAGUAUAGUUUGUAACUGCAAACUGGCAGUCACCAGUUUUGAUAAUGAACAAAUACAUUAAUUCAGUUGUGCGGGCUUUUCUUAAAUACAUUUUGGUUUUGGUGCAGUUUUUUGGAAGUGAUAAAAACUUCUCUAAAAGCUACUUUUGACAAAUGAUUCUAAAGAAGUUUGCAAUGGUGGACAUUUCAAUUAAAAAAUAAUACAACCCAAACCACAGGCUUUCUGUUGAAUUUGGCCCAAGUUUGAUACCCAUUUUUGUAAAACCGACUCUGGAAAAUUACAUGGGAAACCAAUGGAGAGCAUUCAUCAUGUAUAGUAGUGGUUACCAUGCCCUUACUUGUGUUUAAGAUGUAGAAAAUCAAACAACAUUAAAUGUCGAUAACAAUGUCAGAACUUUUGCAAGUAAAUAAAAACUCUAUCUUCAAAA